UUACCCUGGUGAAUGAUUGCGCCAUUUCAUUCAAUUUGUCGCCGGAUCAGAACAGUUGAAUACGGAUUGAUUUCAGAUUUUGAGAUUGUUUUGCGAAGUGGGGCUCGAUUUAUUUUCUUAGCAAGCGGAUUCGGAGUUUUUCAUUGGAAUUGAUGUGUUGGUGAGGAAAAGGGGAUGAGGGAUGAGAGGUGAAGCGGGAGGAGGAGAACAAUGACUGCUGGCGGGUCAUCUGGUCUUCGUUCUUCUGGUAGUUAUGGUUCUUUGCAGAUACAUCAAUUCCAGAACGGUUCCUUCUCAAUCCAAACCUCACCACUUAUACCACCCCCAAGAAAACCACCUAAGAUGUUUAAGGAGAAGGAAGGUUUGUUUCAUUGGAUCUUCAAAUUCGCGCCUCGUAGGAAGAUUGGAAUGCUACUCUUGUGUGCUGUUUCUGCUGCUGUUUUUGUUUUGGUCUUGUUUGUUGGCAAAGGUGAAGAUUCUCCUCCAGGGCUUGAAAUGCGCAGCAUCAACAUUAACAGUACACUUAAAAGCAGAAACUUUUUUACAGAACGUGAAGAACACAGUAUUCACCAAAUUGUGUCAACUGAACAUAGAAAAAAUGGAAGAACUGCGUCCACUAAUCACCCCCCACCUCCCCCCGUGUAUUUUAUGGGAUAUACCCUCCCCCCUGGGAAUCCUUGUGAAGGUUUUACAUUACCACCACCACCAGCAGAUAAGAAAAGGACUGGACCACGACCAUGUCCAGUCUGCUAUCUUCCUGUUGAAGAAGCUAUUGCAUUAAUGCCAAGUGCACCUUCGUUUUCUCCUGUCAUUAAGAAUUUAACUUAUAUACAUGAAGAAAAUUUGAACAAGAGUGAGUUUGGAGGUUCGGAAUUUGGUGGUUAUCCUUCACUGAGCCAGAGAGAUGAUUCCUAUGACAUAAGGGAGUCAAUGAGUGUGCACUGUGGAUUUGUCAAAGGAACCAGACCUGGGCAUGGGACAGGCUUUAACAUUGAUGAUUCUGAUCUUGAUGAGAUGGAAACCUGUCAAGGUGUGGUGGUUGCAUCAGCAAUAUUUGGGGCAUUUGACGUAAUACAUCAGCCGGCGAAUAUAAGUGAAUAUGCGAAAAGAAAUGUCUGCUUUUAUAUGUUUGUGGAUGAGGAGACCAAAACAUUUCUAAGAAAUUCACGUGAUCUUGAUAGUAGUGGUAAAAUUGGAUUGUGGAGAAUCGUUGUAGUCCAUAACCUACCUUACAGCGAUUCAAGGCGCAAUGGAAAGGUUCCAAAGCUCUUACUUCAUCGGCUUUUCCCAAAGGCCCGAUAUUCUAUGUGGAUUGAUGGAAAACUUGAACUGGUUGUGGAUCCUUAUCAAAUUCUUGAGAGAUUCUUGUGGAGGAAAAAUGCCAGCUUUGCAAUUUCCAAGCACUAUAGGCGUUUUGAUGUGUUUGUGGAAGCAGAAGCUAAUAAGGCAGCAGCAAAGUUUGACAAUUCCUCCAUCGACUUCCAGAUUGAGUUUUACAAAAAAGAAGGCCUUACUCCAUUUUCCUCCUCCAAAUUCCCAAUCACAAGUGAUGUUCCGGAGGGAUGUGUGAUUGUUCGCGAACAUGUUCCAAUCUCUAAUCUCUUCACCUGCCUCUGGUUCAAUGAAGUUGACCGUUUCACCCCCAGAGACCAGAUUAGUUUCUCAACUGUGAGGGACAAGAUCAGGUCAAAGACGAAUUGGACUGUAAAUAUGUUUCUUGACUGUGAAAGACGCAACUUUGUUGUUCAGGGUUACCAUAGAGAUAUUCUUGAACAAUGGGCCCCACCGCCUCCACAUGGUCAUCCUCCGCCACUGCCACCGCCUACUCUUCUGCGGGGGGAAAUGCUCAUGAAGACUUCAAGUAAUAAUGGACUGGGUGGUAGAAAGAGUCCACCAAGGCGGAGGGAGAGGAGACCGAGACGCCACCGGAAGUCGUUGCCUGAAGUGAGGACUUAAGUCAGGACACAAUUUUGUUGAGCAAAUUCAGAGACUAGACUAUUUAUAUAUUCUUUCCUGCCUUUCCUGUCAAAAUUAUUCAUGCAGGGUCCGAUCUAGGAAUGUGUGCAAUAUAUAUGUUGCAAUGUUGUUUCCCACAAGGCUGAAUCAUUUGUUUUUCUUUUAUAGAUUUAUUAGAAAAUUUAUAUUUUUGUUGUAUAUAUAUAAUCAGAGAUUCAAUAAUUUUGAUACGAGGUCCGCCUCAACUUGGAUUACUAUUUUCGAAUGUAUGUUCAUCAUGCAAUUAU